AGAAUACUAUAGAAAUAAUACCUUAUAAUAUACAACUUAAUAUCUAUGUUUUAAUGUGAUACCUACUACAUGUAUAAUACAAAUUGUACAAUUUAUUUAAUUUAUAUCAGUAAUUUUUUUUAAUUGACAAGGUGAUUUUGCAAUUUUAUCAACUAGUUUAUCUGAGUCAAUCAAAAUAUAAUACUUUGCCUUGAGCUCCAAAAAUUGAAAAAGAAAAAUUGCAUCUUAAAAUUAUAUAAAGUCCAUUAUUGAAUAAGCCAACCAGUUAAAGAAUGUACCCUAUAAAAAAAAAAAUAGAGAAGCCCCAUAGCCAGGCCGACACUCAAUAUAUUUUAUAUAUUAAUAAAUAUGACACUGUAUGUAGGUACUUAGCAACUGGUGAUAGUAUGGCCAGUAUAAUGUAUUCUUUUAGAAUAGGAGAGUCUACUGUAUCAGGACUUAUUAAAGAAUGUUGUUUGGCUCUAUGGGAAGUACUCAAAGAUAAAGUGUUUUUUACUCCAAAUAAGCAUGCUUGGUUGGAAGUGUCUGAAGGAUUCAAUAAUUAUUGGAAUAUGCCGAACUGUGUGGGAGCUAUGGAUGGAAAACAUAUUGUUCAUCAGGCAUUUUCUAAUAGUGGUUCAAUGUACUACAAUUACAAGGGAACUCACAGCAUUGUACUAUUAGCAAUAUGUGAUGCCAAGUACAAUUUUACAGCUGUUGAUAUUGGAGCACCAGGACGAUGCAGUGAUGGAGGAGUCUUUAGACAAUGUAAUUUAGGCAAACAAAUUAUAAGCAAUGAAAUCGAUUUUCCGGAUGAUGCACCGAUUGAUAGUGAUAAUGGGUUCAUCCCAUACUAUAUUGUAGCAGAUGAAGCAUUCAUGUUGUUACCUAAUGUUAUGAGACCCUAUCCUGGUCGAUCAAAGGCAAAUUUGCCUGUUGAUGAAGCAGUUUUUAACUACAGGUUAAGCAGAGCUCGUAGGUGUAUAGAAAAUACUUUUGGUAUAAUGGCCUCUAAAUGGCGUAUAUUUCGACGACCAAUAAUAGCUACAGAAGAAACGGUUAAUGCGAUUGUACAAGCUUCCGUCGUGCUUCACAACUACGUAAAAAAAUAUGAAAGUAGAGAAGGUGUUCAAAUGUAUUGUGAUCCUACAAGAAAUCAAUCUCAUAAUAUGGAUGAAAUUGGAGCAUUGGCCCCUAUUAGAGAUAUGGGAUCAAAUUUCUACGGCCAAACCGCUAAAGUUAUAAGAGAAAAAAUUAAAAACCAUUUAAUGAAUGAAGGAGGAUUACCAUUUCAAUAUGAUAAGAUUUAAAAUGUUUUAUUCAUUAAAAAAUGUCAUAAUAUAUAUUAAAAACAAAAUAAAAACAUGUAUAUACUAUUACUAAAAAAUUACUACUAAAA